AUGGCAGGCCACACCGAAGAAAUCCUCGUCCACGUCGAUGCGCCCAGCGGGGUUAGGGAUGAUGCCGCAUAUCGCUCACUUGUCGACGCGUAUCUAGGAUUUGAAUCUAUCUCACGGCAGUGUGUAUACGGGGCGGUGGCGGAUAACGAGUCAGAGAACGAAGCCAAUCUGGACGCGACAGUGGAGGACCUUACCUCGUCGCUGUCGUCAGCCUCUGAUCAACCACGUUCACAAAAUAAUCAUGACGAGACAUGCUCAGUCAACUCAGGCGAUGAACUACAAAGUCUCUUAGCCCCACAUGAAUCGAAAACACCUGCCACGAUACAAUACUAUUCCACGGAAGAAGAUAGCGAGCUCUCAUUCCAGGCUCCUAUUCCUUAUGGAUACCAAGCUUCUGAUGGCGAAAAGCGGAAUUCCCUGGCACAUACUAACCAUAAUAGUCCUGAAAUUCAUCACAACAAUACUUCUCCGCUUGUACAAUCGGCCAAUACUGAAUCCUUGACAUGGGACACGCCGUUGGAUACGAUUCCCGACUCACAGCCAGUUACUCCACCACCAGAGGAUGUUACAGACCAAACCGGACUUGAAUCAAUCCAAGUUGACCGAUCAUACGUGCCUGAUACUAUUCGGCAAUCCAAGCGAUUCAGGGUGGAAAAUGCCGAUGGGGGUACAGGUUCAGAUAUCAAUGAUGAAACGAGGAUACCGUCAUCAGUUGCUUCAUCACCAAGUUCCCACGAAUCCGAUCAAUCAGAACCCGCAGCCCGGCGUCAACACACUAAAAAUGUCUUCAAGACAUCCCCUGGUACAUUUAAAACACAAAGGAUAACUAGUAAACGGAAUAGCAACAAUUCCCACCAGAGGAGUCUAUCUCACGGCAGUAACCAUACCAGUAGAGCAAAAACAAGCAACACCACAGCCUCCAUUACAUUAGAACAGCCAGCUAAAAAGCGUCAAACGCUCCCGCAAACCACAGAAGCAAUAUCCCUCGAGAAGCUUCCUCUUGAAAUCCGCGCUCCCAACCCCGCAGUCUCGCACGAAAAGUUCCACACGCACAUCACUCCAACACUCGGGUCUCUUGCCAGUCGCAUGAAUCUCAUCUCAAGGUUUAAACCAUCCCAACAAACGCGUGAUCUGUAUCCGCUCGAACGCGGGUACUGGCUCAUCCAAAACCUCACCAUCAUCCACGCAGACCCGCCCAUCGAUUUAGCCCUACCGAAAACCCCUGACAAGCCUACCCACAUUUGGACUCUGGCAUUCUUCUCUCAAUUCUGGUGUUUCCUCCGUGACUUCCUCGUCGAAGGGCGUGCUGGAUGGGGCGUAUGGUGUCUCCUCGAAGCCUGCCCGGACGAAUCUAAUCACGAAGAACAAGGCAAGGCGUCAACAUCAUCAUCAUCAUCAUCCCAAUCGGCUAAUAUUAAACCCUCCUCGGAGCAAAUAAAAACGGUAAAUCUAAAAAUAUAUACAUGGGGAGAGGUCGUGCCACACAUCUACAUGCUUCUCUAUCUUGCAACCGAGCGACGGAUCAGGAAUAUCAGGGACGUCGAAUGGAGAGAUGCGAGAGACGAAGUUGUUAUUAGGAUGUAA